AUGAACACCCAACAACACCCCAUACCUACAAUGAUGACCUCCCGACCUACUCCCUCAGAAGCAACCCGCUACAAGGACAGCCGCGGCGAUACCAUCGUUAUCAAAUUCUACCCUUCUCUCAUUCCGUCUCUCGCCGGCUUAACGCGUCAUAAACGCCGCCUGCACUUCCCUCCGACACCCCUCGCACCAAACGACCCCACCAAAUCUCGUCUCCAGAGCACACCCAUUCCUGGGCCAAUCGAGAUCUACCACGAAUGGCGCCAGGAAACUGCGAAAGCGGUAACGCUUUAUUCCAAUACCCUAGAUGUGGAGGGCGCCAUUGAGCGAUUCGACAAGGAUAAAUUACCUGCGCGGGGGUUUAUUCUGUGGGACGGGAUCGUUCAAGGGAAGAGGGUUCGAGCGCGGUGGCUUGGUUUUCGCGACAGUGAGUUGGGUUGCGUGUUUGAGCUUGUUUGACGAGGUGAAGAAUUGGUCACGACCGUGAGAGAUGAGGACUGGUGUGCUCAGAGAGUACCGAGAUCUUGGAGCGAUCUUGGAUCACUAUAGUGUGGAAGGCUUUGUUCUGUUUUGUUUUGUGUUCCGUGUUAUGGCUUAUCUGAGCCCCUCAUCCCCUAUACUACUUCUUCCUUUUUCUGUUUAGAUUGUAUUGUACAUGUUUUCUUACACAACUAAGCUGUACACCCACUAUAUUAGAACUUAAUAAUUGAACCACAAAGUUUCUGGGAUCUCUUGGUCGUGUC